AUGGAGUACGUAUUAUUACCAAAUGAAAUAGAAAUGUACGUAGAUACAAUGAAGGCGCAGAACAUGGAAUGUUUAGGCUCACCACAAUGGAUAGAAUGGCACCAGAGGAUGCAGAAGCUGAACCAAGAGGCCCUCGUCGAAGCUUCGGCUUUGAAAGAGGAACGCGUGAAAGAAACCCUAGUUUGUUUCGGUAAAGUUCCAAUUCUGGUCCACGAAGCUAUCCUGAUCAGCAUCUGGAAGCAGAAAAUCCUGCCGCAACUGAUGAAGCUCGAACCCCAGCCGGAGACCACCAUCGUCGCCUACUCAAUCAUGUACCACGAGGCCGUGUGCGUCUCCCUCUUGGAGCUCGUCCUCUUCCACCCGAAUUGCUGCGAGGCUCUCGACGACGCCGCCUCCGAUUUGCUCGAGUACUCCUGCAGCAACGUCUCCCAGCUGCUGGUCGUCGAGUACAAGGAGCAGGAGUUGCACGAGAAGUCCGAGAAGGAGAUCAGCCGGCAGAAGAACAAUUUGGUGUUCGAAAUCGGGAUGAAAUCAUUGACGUUGGUGAGGUACAUAUCCGAGAACUUGGACAGCCUGCCGGUCGGGGUGAAGUCGAAGAUUUUUGGGGACUACGACGUUCCUAUUCUGUUUACGGAGAUUUUGACGAAGGCGCCUUGGAUUAGAGGCGAUAAAAUUUACUCCGGCGGCAAAUGGAGGGAUUGGGACAGGGAGCAAUUGGGCCAACAAGAAGCGCAAGUAUGGUUGACGAUACGCCAACUUAUAUUAGACCCGGAAUGUCCCAAGUACUACUCGUUCACCGACAGACAUCGAGCUCAAUUAAUGAAAUUAACGUCCAUGAUGACCCCUACGCUCCUGGACCAGCUCUCGCCUCUCAUAGAGCUCAAGCACUGGCUGUGCCGAUUGAGCGUUAUGGAAAAUCCGUCCUCGGCUCCCAAGCCUCUGCUCAUCGAAACCGUCCUGGACAUCAAGGAGUCCAUACUGAAGCAAACCGAAGGGAGAUGGAAAAAACUAGCUAAGAAGCAAUUGCCGCAUGUCUUUCCAACGGAUAGAGAAACUUUGCACGAACUGGCUGGAAAAUUAUGUGAGGCCUACAAUACGGAACUGCUGGAGAAACUCGAAGCUAAACAAGAUGCAAAAUGCGCCUCUUGCGGUAAGGAGGCGAUACAACGUUGUUCUCGUUGCCAUCAAGUUUGGUACUGCGGUAGACAGUGUCAAGUGGAUCAUUGGAAAGAACACAGUACAGAUUGUUCAACGAACAAUUCCUCCGUAAACUCUUAG